GAUUGGCGCAGGCGCAGCUGCGGCUCCACCGGCGGGCCGAGCGCGCGUCGCGCGGGCUCCACCAUGGUGCUGGCGGCGGCCGACCGGGCUGCGGUGCGCGCCCUGUGGAAGAAGCUGGAUGGCAACGUCGGCGUCUACACGACCGAGGCCCUGGAGAGGACCUUCGCGGCCUUCCCUUCCACCAAAAUCUACUUCCUCCACCUGGACUUGAACCCCGGCUCCGCCCAGGUCAAGGCGCACGGCCGGAAGGUGGCCGACGCGCUGACUGUCGCCGUGGACCGCCUGGACGACCUGCCCCGCGCCCUGUCGGCUCUGCGGGAGCUGCACACGCAGCGACUGCGCGUGGACCCCGUCAACUUCAAGCUGCUGGGCCACUGCCUGCUGGUGACCCUCGCCCGGCACUACCCCGGAGACUUCAGCCCCGGCCUGCAGGCCUCGCUGGACAAGUUUCUGAGCCACGUGACCUCAGCGCUGGCCCCCCACUGUCGCUAAAUCGGGGCGGGGGGGCGUGCGGGGGCUCCAGGGUUGGAGUAAAGUCUGUGGUCAAAGCCUCAGGUGUGCGCAUGUUCUCUCCACCCCCCGUUGUCAGCUCCCGGCGCGGACGCCCCCACCCCCGGCCCGCUCACACCCCUCGCCGCCGCCCAGUUCCCCGCGGUAAACCCCGACUCACCGGGCCCCUCGCCAGGGCCACGCGGAGGCGCAGACCCGGGGCUCCGGUCGCUCGGGAAGGGGUGGCGGGUAGGGGUCAAGGGCUUGCCCGCGGCUGGACCUCUCGCGGGCGCGGCGUGCACGCCUCAGGUCCACCCAGACCCGAGCGCGGGUCCAGCUCACAGGCUGGGCGAGAAGCGGGGACCAGCGCCCCCGCCGGCGAGGACCGGAACUGCCCAGGGCGGCAACACGCACGACCCCACACAGCGCCUCUGGACCCUGCACCCGCCACGUCAACACUGCUGCGGACUUGGGGAAAGGCCGCUCUGCCAGAUUGGAUCUGCUGAAAGGAGGCGGCUCCUGCUCCAGCACAAAGCCAUGCGGCCCACAAGGUGGAUGAGGGAGUCAGCCCAGAGCCCCUCCCGCCCACGUGCCACAUUCUUCUCAGGAGUCAGACCUCAGAGCUCCUCAAAAAAAAUCAAUCAUGGCCAUCGCAGAAACCUCUGAAAACGAUUCCACUCGCUGCACCUGCCUGUGUAUCUAGCGAGUCUGGCCCAGCCUCUUCCUCCCUGCCCAACAGUGGGGAAACAGAUGCAGGGCGUGGGGGUGCCCUCAGGGGGCGCAGGUGCAACAGCUGACCCCCACCACCCCUGGGGGUAUGUCCCAAGACCCCGGUGGAUGCCCCAGAAAGCACCAAACCCCCAAUAUAGUUUUUUGCUAUACAUACACACCUAUGGUAAAUUUAAUGUAUAAAUUAGGAUGGCAAGAGAAGAACAGCAAUAACUAAUGAUAAAACAGAACCACCAGGAGUUCCCGUCGUGGCACAGCAGAAAACGAAUCUGACUAGGAACCACGAGGUUGCGGGUUCGAUCCCUGGCCUCACUCAGUGGGUUAAGGAUCUGACAUUGCCAGGCGCUGUGGUGUAGGUCGCAGACGCCAUUCAGAUCUGAUGUGGCUGUGGCUGUGGUGGAGGCCAGCAGCUACAGCUUCAAUUCCACCCCUAGCCUGGGAACCUCCAUAUGCCGCGGGUGCAGCCCUA